AUGGCUAAGAACAGAUUUAAACUCCUCUGCAGACAUGAGCGCGCAAACACUCUCACUUCUUCACCACUUUCUACUGCAUCACCAAAACAAAACACACAGAACACAACAUACUACCAGACAAACAACUACAGCUCAUCAAGCUGCAGUGAAAGUAGCUCCCUUUCUUCUCCUUCGCUCUCUACAUCCCCAAUCCAACAAAACGUACAGAACUACGCUAUGCAGAACAUGAACUUUGCAGAGCAAAUCGUUCAAGCUUCUAACGUAGUUCAAUCUUACGAAGAUUCUGCCUUCCCAUUCGCUUUUAACGAAGAAGAAGACCUCUUCAACUCCUUCAACUUUGAAGAGUCUCUCGCUUUUUAA